GAAAAUAGCUUCACGCAUCAUACGCUGGAGAAUAUUUCAGCUGCAGGUUCGCAGACUCUGUUGUCAACUAUCCUUGCAGACGUCGUCGACGCGUGGGGAAAUACUACAACCUGCAGGCUGCUCUUGGACACUGGGUCCACAAUCACCUUGGCGUCGGAAUCAUUUGUCCAGCGAAUAGGCGUACGUCGAACGCACGCCCGGAUUUCUGUACUCGGUCUCGCAGCCAACAGCGCUGGCGUUACCCGAGGACGCGCACAUAUCAAGCUGCGCUCUCGCCAUUCGGACCAAACGGUCGAACUGGUCUCGUUUAUUCUCAAUUCGCUGACAUCAUCACUUCCGGCCCAGGCUAUUGACACCUCAUCUUCUACGUGGAAGCAAAUCUGCGAGCUUCCUUUGGCAGAUCCCACAUUCUGCACGCCUGGAUCCAUCGAUGUCAUCGUUGGAUCAGAUCAACUCUGGUCUCUGUAUACUGGAGAACAAAAAUGCUUUGGUAACGACGCUCCUAUCCCUCUGAAUACUGUUUUUGGUUGGAUUAUUGCAGGCUCUUACAAUGCAUGCGAUGAUCACCAGACUUUAGCCGUUACUCAUCACGCGGACCUAGACACGAUGGUUCGUUCUUUCAUGGAGAUGGAUAAUAUACAGCCUAGCCAGGCUCUUUUGGACGACAACGAUCCCACAGAGCGUCAUUUUGCUGCCACCCACACGCGCUUGGAGAACGGGGUUUACGUCGUCGAGUACCCCUUCAAGGAGAAUGCGCCGCCUGUUGAUUCAACUUUACCGCAGGCCAUCAAUCGCUUCCACUCGCUGGAACGCAAGUUUCGUCGAUCUCCAGACUUGAAGCAGCAGUACGAAGCAUUUCUGGACGACUACUUGCGACGUGGUCAUAUGGAACAGCUGACAUCGGCUCAAAUGGAUGAGUCCCCAGAAAUCUGCUUCUAUCUGCCGCACCACGCUGUCAUCAAACUGGACAGUUUGACUACGAAGUGUCGCGUAGUUUUCGAUGGAUCGGGAAAAGACAGCUCUGGAGUGUCUCUCAAUGAUCGACUUCAAAUUAGCCCGCCCAUUCAACGCGAUCUUCUCGGCGUUUGUUUACGUUUCCGGCAGCACCCCUAUGUUUUCUGCGCGGAUAUCGAGAAGAUGUUCCGAGGAAUUCUAGUCUUCAAGCCGCACACCAAUUUUCAGCGCAUUGUUUGGCGCAAGAACGAGAAUGAACCACUGCUUCAUUUUCGCCUGUUGACGGUCACCUACGGAUUGGCGCCGUCCCCAUUUCUGGCUGUUCGAGUUCUCAAGCAACUAGCUGAGGAUCACCGCCACGAGUUCCCCGCUGCUGCGCACGCGCUUCUACACGACGCUUAUGUAGAUGAUAUCCCAACAGGGUGCAACUCAUUCGACGAGCUCAUGAUUCUCAAAAACGAGCUGAUUCAACUGUUGGAUAAGGCGCAAUUCAAACUACGGAAAUGGAGUUCCAACAGUUGGCGUCUUCAAAAGUCAUUGCCAGAAGAGGACCGCUGUUAUGAGCCUAUCCAGCUCCUCAACAAAUCAGCUGCGGAUUCACCAAUCAAAAUUCUUGGCAUCCAAUGGAGUCCCGGAAAGGACGUCAUCACGAGCUGCUGGACAGAUUCAGAAAUUGUGCUAAUCAGCUUUCAGUUCCCCCACGAAACUGGAACACAUACGUCUGCAACCGAACGGCUGAGAUCCUGA